GGAGUUCCGAAGUAAGAACGUAAACAGAAAUGGCGGCUAUCAAAAAACACGGAAGUGAAACAUGACAAAAUCCGAGCUUCAAAUAAAGGAUUUCCUGAGAAAUUUAGAAAUAUCACUCCUCGUCACAUCAUCACUGUAAUGCCUCAAGUACAUGUGUUAUAAUGGAGCAAUUAUACAACAAGUUUGUGGAAACAUGGAAUGCAGAAUUUCCUCAAGAAGACCCACCGUUACUUGACCUACAUGGCUGUAUUUCAACUUCAGCUGAUGGAUUCGAGUCAGUAAAUAUAACCCAUCUUGGAAAAUUUUAUAAUGAAUCAAGGGAAACUUCGAAGAGGCUAAGGCGAGAGUUAAAAAAGGCUGAGCUUAUAGAAAACUUUUGGCACACUCUCAUGAAAGACUGCAAUGGAUUUGAAUCUUCCGAAUACUCACCAAGAAAAAGUACAAGUAGAAAAAAACAUCUCUCAAGUUCAAAUGACUAUGACAGAAAAUCAUCAGAUGAAGUUGGAGGAAGGAAAUAUUCUUUGUUGGAUGGUCUUGGAAAAUGUGUGGACUCCACCUUAGAAACUUUUGUUAAUAUUGGUAUGGGUGGUGAUGUUAUUGAUGUAACUGAUAAUCAUGAAAUCCAGGUGAACGCGGUAGUAAGCGGUAAUCAAUAUCUUAGAACAGAUAAUGAGUCAAGUGAUGGAGCUACUGGAGAUAACCUAGUAACACAGGUAUGUGAUAAUCACAGACGGGACUCCGGUAGCACACCAAACAGAGAGCACAAUUCAUAUAGGCCUAUUAAUGCUGGGGUUCUAGACAAUGAAAGAAAAGCGCACAGUGAUGAUGAUGAGGAAGAUGAAGUAAAUUAUGAAAAUCAGUGCACCAGAAAAUUAUCAGCGUCAACAGAAAGAACACCCUCUGCAAAGCCUGCCAUUCCUCCUCGAAGACCAAGAGCUGAACAUCCAGUUAGACCGAAACCUCCCACAGUCCCCCGUGGUAUAAAACUCAGUCCCAGUUCCAAUCAUCGUAGCCCACACAGAAGUAAAGGGGAACCAGUUCAAACGAAAGUAAAUCGAGGAAAGCAUGAUUUAAACAUAGGGAACGUAACAACAAGGGCAUGCACACCUGAGACUAACCUCGAUGAAUUGACAGGAACAAAUUCUUUUGACAAUUCUUCCACUGCUUCCUUAAGUGAAUCAACUAGCUCCCACAAAACUGUUGAGGUGCAGGACAAAGACAUGUUAAGAAAAUUCAGGUUGAGUGAUGGAGGAAAAGAAAAGCGUGGAAGUGGUGAAGUAAUAUCAACAGGGUACAAACACCUUAGCGGUGAAUUAGACACAGUGAGUAGUCCUAGUGAAAAAAUCACAGAAUCUAGUCAGAAACUAUCCCCAGAGUCUAAUAAAGAUCCCAAAAACAGGAAACGAUUGAGGUCUAAUGACUAUGAGAAUUUUUCUGUGGACUUUCUCCUAACAAGGAGAACACCAGUGUUUGAAUUGGACGAUGAAGAUGACCGUGAUAAUCGUGGCUCGGACAUUUAUGACAAUGUAGGCUCCACGGGGACCAAAAAAUCUAGUGACUCAAGCUUCUCUAGUGCAGACUCGACCUCAAUCACUAGUCUUACUAGUGGAGAGGUGUGUGAUUCCAACACAAAUGGUCCUGAUUCUUCAGAGAGUGCUCUCAAGAAACGACCUGGAGAUGACAGCACAUCUCAGAAUACCCAAACAGGUAUGGAUCUGGAAGAUACAGAAAAUACUCAACAGAAAGACGAGGUUGAUGGGAAGUGUCAUGUGAUCACGGAGGCUCCAGGGGGAGACUCGGAGGACACAAGUGAUACUGACGUGCCUGAAUUGUCCAGAACUAUGAGCCUUAGUAGUUCAAAGAAGAUCAGAGACCAGAAACUUCACAUGAGGAAAAUUCUAGUCAAAGGAAUUCUGGAGAGUGAGAGGACCUAUUUAUCCUUGCUUAAAGAUAUAACAGAGCUUAAACGGAAGAUACAGAACCAGAUAACCAAUUUAAGAGAUACCCCAAUGUGUUCAAUGGAGGAUGUAACCACCAUAUUUUACCAGGUGGAAGAAAUCCAUGUUCAACAUGGUAACUUCGUGGAGAAGCUACAGGCCAAAGUGGAUGCCUGGUCAGAUAUCCAGAAAGUUGGAGAUACGUUUAAGGAGCUAAUUGUUUAUUUUCCUAUGUAUAUGAAAUAUGUUAAUCACACCCACGAAGCAGCAGAAUGUAUACUGAAAUGUAGCAACAAUAACGAGGAGUUCCGAAAGCUGGUCUCCUCUGUUACAUUAACCAAUGGAGGCCAGCAUACACUGCAAGAACUUUUAUUUACACCUGUUCAGAGGCUUCAGAGAAAUACUCUAGUCAUACAUGAUCUCCUGAAUUAUACACCAGAAGAUCAUGAUGAUUAUAAAGUCCUGAUGAAGACCUUAGAUUUGGCUGACCAUAACUUAAAGAACUUUGCCACUAAACCAGAUUCAGAAAUAGCAAAUACAGAAGACCAUCUGGUGAAGAGUGGCUUUGUUGUGGAGAUGGUAGGAAACUCCAGAAAACUUAGAUUUCUUUUCUUGUUCACCGAUGUCCUUGUGUGUACUAAGCACAAGCAAACAGGAAGAAAUCGUGUAAAUGUAUUUGAAGUGAAAUGGUUUCUGCCAGUACCACAUAUCACCAUGGAAACUAAGUUGGAUAAGGUGUUCUCAAUCAAAGAAGACACAGAGAGCAUGAAAAAGAAGAUUGUCAGUUUGAAAGCUGAGCUGAGGAAAGAGAUGAAGAUCCAUGAUGACAAGGGAGAGAGGACAUCCUGGUUAUCGUCUGGUACCAGGACAAUGGAGAAAUUAAAAAGGAAAAUCGAAGAACAGGAAGCUGCUUUGAUCCUUGCUUCGCCUCAUCUGCCAUUACAAUUCACAAUGAAGGAGGACUCCAAAAAUCACUGUAUCCUGCUGUCUACUGAUUACGAGAGAGAGGAGUGGAGGGAUGCUGUGUAUGCUCAACAGAACCAUCAUCAUAGUGGAUUUUACAGACAAUUGAGUGGCCAUGAUGUCCAGGCCAAAAUCAAUGAAAGCAAACAGCUUCCGCAAGUUAACAAUGUAGGAAAUGUUUUGAUGAAGAAAGAUGAUGAGAUGCUGAAUGGAUCCCUAAAUGUCACAAUACAUAAAAUGGAUGGCCUUGAGAGUCCUUGUGACACCUAUGUACAGCUUCAUCUAGAUUCCUAUGGCUAUUUCUUCAUGCAAGCCAAGACUCGUCCCUGUGUGAACUCAAUUGAGCCAAACUGGGACCAGGAUUUUGAGUUAGAACUGGAGGGAUCUCAGACACUGAGAAUUCUGUGUUACACUGUAAACAGAGAGGGAGAAGAUGAGCUGAUUGGCAGAAGUGCACUCGAGCUCAGUAGAGCUUGGCUCAGUAGCAGUUUCAAAGAACAGAAAAUCAGUAUGAACACACUAUCACUGAUGAUCUCGGUGAGACACACACCAGCCACAAAAACACUGAAGAGGUCUCCCUCCAAAAUCCAGGGAGGUUUGUUUGGAACCAAGAUUGGGGUUGUCUGCAAUCGAGAACGCAAGCCAAUUCCAAGUUUUGUCACUGCUUGUAUCAAGGAAGUAGAAGCCAGAGGAAUGGAAGAAGUUGGUGUGUACAGAAUUUCUGGUGUGACAUCAGAGAUACAGAGGAUUAAGAAAGCAUUUGACAAAAAUUUAGACAGUAAAUGGGUCCCAGUGUAUCUGAGAGCAGGCUUGAACCUCCUGGGAGACAGUGACAUUCAUGCAGUGACUGGGGUUCUCAAACUCUACUUCAGGGAGCUGCCAGAACCACUCUUUACUGAAGCCAGCUACAAACAAUUCAUAGCUACAAUAGGAUUGCAUGAUGGUGAUUCAAAAGAAAAAGUCUUUCUUCAACUUCUACAUGACCUUCCAAACGAGAACUACUACUGCAUAGUGGCUAUAGUGGAGCACUUAGUCAGGGUCAGUAAGUAUGAGAGUAGUAAUAAAAUGUCAUUAAGUAACCUAUCGACGGUGUUCGGCCCAACCCUCCUUCACCCUGCGGUCAGUGACCAACAAAACCCCGCCCAGCUGAUGCAGGAUGCCCAGGAUGUGUUUCUACAGGCAGGAGUACUGUAUUUCCUCUUACAGAUGGUUGCCAAUGGAAAGAGCAUCAGGAGAUGUGAGUCAGCCAUUGAAAUGCAUGGAGAGGAUAGGCUGGUAUAGGGUGGAUGUAGAAAAAAAGUGGAUAUAGGGAUAGGCUGAUGUAGAGUGGAUUUGAUAGAACAGUGGAUCAGUUACGCUUAGAUGGAUAGACAAUGGAAGAUCACGCUUCAUUUGAGAGAUAACAUGACUUACUUGCGAUAAGUGGUAGAGAAGAAUGGACUGUGGAAGUUCAUUCUGUAAUGGAGAGAGAACAUGACUCCAGUUGAAAAUAUCUGCUACUGUUCAAGAGAAAAAUUAAAUGAAAAUGAUAUUUAAUUUAUGGAUCUUAAAAUCAGCUUCAAAUGAAAUAUAAAUGAUAUGUAAUUGUUGAAAGUAUUAGAAUUUUGAAAGGGAAACAUUUUAGUCAGACACAUUUGACUUUCAUUUUGAUAUACAACCAUGACAUUGAAAUAUCAAACCUUAUGUAUAAAAAUCACCAAUAUAUAGAUACCCAUAUUGGGAAUAAUUAUCAUGAGAAUAAAAUUGAUAUAACAGUAAUGUACAUAUAUUUGAGGAGAUUUUUUUUAUUGUUUUUUUCAAAUUAUUAUGAACAUAAUCAAGAAGAUUUUAUAGUUGCAUAAUAAAGAAGGAAAAAAAGUAAUUUUUGAAAAAAAAGAAUCAUACCUUUUGUCAUGCAACCCUGCACCAGUAGUAUGAAUUUGUUUCAUUGCAUACAAAUUCAUUUCCCUGAUUUUGUAUGAAUUGGACCAACCAUACAAUGUAUGUUCUAUUCUUGUUAAUUUAUGUAUUUUUUAGAUUGUUGUUGUGUAAGCUUAUUUGUAUUUAAACUUUAAACAAGAACCAUAAAGGCCAGACUUGCCUUAUAAGUGUUUAAUAUAUGUAUAUUAUAAAAUACAAAUAUCAUGUAGAAAUAUUCCUGUAUUCAUUAUGCCCAGAAUUUGACUACUGUGAUAAAUUAUAGAGGACCAUUUUAUCAGUCUUCAUUUAGUUAUAUUUACAUUUCCAAAUAUUUUUCCUUAACAUUCUUUGCAAAUUAGAAGGCUGUUCAUUUUCUCAUGAACUACCAUGCAUGAGUAUGAAUAUCUCCAUUGUUACGUCAUAAUACCUUACUUGACGUCAAAACUAUAGUACAAACUGUUUUGCUUUAAAAAUGACAGUUGAAUGGCGUUAUUUGUGGUAACUCGUCAGAAAAUAAUGUAAAUAUAAGAAAUGAAUUUAACUUUGAAAAUUCUUGAGGUAUAUGAUCUACAAUGCUUCACGCCGGCAUAUUUA